AUGUCCGACUCUGCACCCGUGCAUGUCCUCAUCGUAGGGGCUGGUGCCGUCGGCUGCUUCUACGCAUCCAAGCUGCACGGCAUCCAUUCGGGCCGCGAUGUGCGGGUCUCGCUCGUCUGCCGCUCCAACUACAAGGCCAUUGCCGAGAAUGGUGUGCAGCUCGAGACGCAUUCGUUUGGCAACUACCAUUUCACGCCCUACCGCGUCUUCUCUUCGAUCAAGCAGGCCGGCGAUUACACCGAGGGCGGCGCGUUCCAAUGGGACUAUGUCGUCGUGACCACCAAGGCGCUGCCGGACAUCACCAACGAUGCGCUCGACAUUGCGCCGCUCGUCACACGUGGUGUAGACGGCAGCUGUAUCGUGCUCAUCCAGAACGGAGUAGGCAUCGAAGAGGUGCACAGGGCUGAGUUCGGUCAAAACCCCAUCGCCAAACCCAACUCCCUCCUCUCCGACUCAACGCUGCUGGGCCAACUGUCAUCUGUGACGGAUAAGCAUAUCCAUCAACUCGUUUCGUGGUUCACGGCCAAUGGGAUUCGCGAUGCCGAGUUUGCAUCGGAGCUUUCGUUGCAGCAGACUCGGUGGCACAAGCUGUGCAUCAAUGCAUCCAUGAAUCCGUCGUCGGUGCUAUCGGGAGGUACGCCCAAUGCACGCAUGGCGCUCGACUCCGAACUGCGCACCCAUCUGCACGCGUGCAUGAACGAGAUCUUCACCACCGCACCCAAGAUCCUCGGCAUCGAGUUUGACGCCAAGAAACACGCCAGCCCGGACCGAAUCCUCAAGAGCACCGAGCGCAAUACGGGCGGGAAACCGAGCAUGCUUCUCGACUGGCAAGCGGGACGGCCCAUGGAACUCGAGGUGAUUCUCGGCAAUCCCAUCCGCAUCGCACGCCGUGACGGUCUCGACAUGCCGCGUCUCCAAACGCUCUAUGCGCUGCUCAAGAUGGCCCAGACGCGCAAAGCCGAGGAGGCCAAUCCAACAGCCAAGCUGUGA